CGUAUUGUCAGGUUGUAACGCACACACGCGCGCAUUCGCGCACAAUCUGUGACGCGAUGUCGGGAAAAUGAAGUGGAAAGUCCCGAUUCGGCGGAUUACCGGAAAAUCGUAUGCGAUCCGCAAAUACGGGUCGUCGGAAUACCACAUUUCCCGUGCUGUAUAAUAUGAACAAAUAUAAACAAACUGACAUAACAACUUUUGGGUAAAGUGUAGUGAAAGCAAUAUAUAAAAAUCAAUUUGUCUGCAAAGUGGACAUAAUUAUUACUAAUUAUAUAUUUAUCUAACUGUAAUUAGCAAUUAUAAGAGAUAAGAACAUAUAUUUUGUGAGUGGAUGAGAGUGAUAGUGUCCAUAUACAGUAAAAGCAAUGUGUAUAGGUAAUAAAGCACACUGAGUGACUUGUGAUAUAAUUAACUUAUUACAUAGUGAAUAUAAAUAUAUUUACAUAUCGGACUAUAAGGUGCUGAUCUGAGUUUUGUUUGGGCAAUCCUCGGGAUGAGUUAGAAAAAGAAACAUGUCAUCUAAACGGAAGUCACCGCCGUCGAAAUUGCAAGAAGGAGUCACCGAAACCGUUAAGCAAGAAGCUGGUCCCGCCAAUCUGGACUUCCCAGACCAGCCUGAAUCCGACCCUGAACAGCAGAAUUAUUAUAAAUUCUCGCCUAGCCCAUCAACAAGAAGUUCUGUAAGUGAAGAAGACCCAACAAAUUACGACGACGAAAGGCCAACAAAAAAACAGAGAUUAGAAACUUUAGACAUGACAAACAAUCUUCUAGUCCCAUCAUCUUUCCUAAGUCUACAUCAGGUCAAUGACCUACAGGCUCGGAGACGUGGCUCCUCAGAAUGCAGUAGUCCAGGUGCUGAAGCAAAAGUUUUAGGGCUCUGUAACAAUAAUAAUUCAUUGUUAAAUCACAACAGUGCUCUGUCGUUAGCUCCGCCUCAUAAGCGGUCAAUGGAUGACGUCCUUAAGAGAUUAACGUCAAAAAUGAAUAAUAGCACAAUAAAAGAAGAGAAGAGGCCUACACCAUCCACUACGCCAGUCAAGCAAAACAAUGAACGAAGGGGCGUCCUAGACAGCGCGACUCUUCAGGCUUUGGCGGGAGAAAGCGUUCUAGAGAAGGAGAGGCAGCUCUCCGAGAUGAUCCUUCAGCUUCAAAUGGUUCGAGAACAGUUGCUAUCACAGCAGGAGCAAGCUAAGAACCUGGGCAAUGUAAGCGCUGAACUAGAACUCCAGAGGCUUCAACAAGAACAUCUGCGUAGACAAGAGCUGGUGCGGCGCGGCCAACAUGGUUUAUACCCUGGACCUCCUCUCGCACUCUUGCCUCUUCUGGAGCAAAUGCGACCACAACCACCGCCGGCCCCUCCUAACGUGGUGCCAUCAUCUCCUUGGCCAGCGACAGCACAGCUAGCCCAACUGACCGCCAGCGCGCGGUCACCCCCACCCCAAGACCCUGAUGCACCCCUCAAUCUGAGCAAGCAGCGGUCACCAUCACCCGCGCAGGCGUCCAUCAUGCUGCCCCGGUUCGUGCCAUACCCUCCUAUGGACGAGAACCCUCAGUAUAGCAUGCAGAAGGAAGAAGAUUAUAAUGCCGCUUGCAAUACAUCAUCAUGGGGUCAAUCACCGCCCGAAGAAACGGAAAAGGCGAAACUGGUGCGUCAGCCGAAGAGGGACGAAGCAGGGAAGCCACAUAUCAAAAGACCCAUGAAUGCGUUCAUGGUGUGGGCAAAAGAUGAACGCAGGAAGAUCCUAAAGGCAUGCCCUGAUAUGCAUAACUCCAACAUAUCCAAGAUACUCGGCGCAAGGUGGAAGGCGAUGUCUAAUGCUGAAAAGCAACCGUACUAUGAAGAACAGUCGAGGCUGUCUAAACUUCACAUGGAGAAACAUCCUGAUUACAGGUACCGACCGAGACCGAAAAGAACAUGUAUAGUCGAUGGCAAGAAAAUGCGGAUAUCAGAAUAUAAGAAUCUGAUGCGCUCGCGCAGACAAGAGAUGCGGCAACUAUGGUGCCGAGACGGUGGGAGCGAAUUAGGCUUUCUUCCUCUCUCUUCACCCGGCCCAUCGAAUUCUUCACCACCUCCGAACGGAGGAAACUACAUGAACCCAACGUUUUCGCCUCCUUUAUCCCCAGGGGAGGAUGAUUGAGGUACGGCGCGCGGCUGGCCGUACCCGCACGCCGCGCCCCUGUCUCUUCCCCCUACACACCACCCUUGGUAAACCCCUCCAGGAGUUUGAUCCCCAAAGUAACUACCAACAGUAGUAGUACAACGACCGGUUACUAUUCAAAACUGAACCUUGUAAUCAUUGAACUUUCAAGUUAUAACUAGAUAUUUCUCGUGUGAGACAUAAAGACUUUAGCUUAGUUAAUAAACUCUAUAAGUACAUCACUUAAUUUGUGAUUAUAAGUAACUAUAGUUUAAGCGAAUCAUGUCUUUGGAUGCCAGUGUCUCAAUUGGAUCUCUCGUAUAAUAUACAAAUAACUAUUGUUAUGAGAUUAUUCCAUUAGUGAAUUAAGACUAAUAACGACAUUUAUCAGGUAUAAAUAAAUAUAAAUCAGGUGGUUCGAGUGACUUGCUUUUUUAUUAUUAUUUUUUUUUUUACUCAAUGAGUACAAACAUUAUGGAUUGCAAACUCAAGUUACAGAUUCUUAGAUAAUUUCGAAAAUACCUACGAGGGGAGGAUGAUAAGUUUGCGUUCUCAGGUGCUUAAUGACUGAAGAGUAUAGUUUUAUAUUUUUUUUUAUUUUUUAAUAUAAUCCCCCUCAAAGGAAAUACACAUUUUAUAUUAUGAAUACAAAGCCUUUAUGCCUUUGAAAGAAUAUUCUUUGGGUGUCUCCUCGAAAUGGUUUUCUACAGCCGCUUUCAUCUCGCUAUCGUCCGAAAAUCAUCGUCCUCGUAACUCCUUUUAUAAAUUUAAAAAAAAAGAAGAAAAGUCACUAGGAGUCAGGUCUGGAUUAUAGGGUGGAUGAUGAUUUUUUAUGAAUCCCGUAUCUUUUAAGGCAACUCUUGCAACACGAGCGGUGCGAACGGGCGCGUUGUCUUGCAAAAAUAGCAUUCCGCGCGCUAACUGGCCACGUCUCUUCUGUACAACUGCCUCACGUGCCUGACCAAGUAAAUUAGCGUAGUACUGUCCGUUCAUUGUAGUCCCUUUAGCUAACUAAUCAAUUACUGUAAUUCUCUUGCUAUCCCAGAAAAUGGUAGCCAUAAUCUUUGAACCCGACUUUUACAUUUUAAAUUUCUUUGGUGCCAUUUCUCCCUUUUUUCCAUUGCAUCGAUUCUUGUUUAGACUCUGGAUUAUACUGGCGAAUCCAGGUUUCAUCAACGGUGACAAUGCAGUUACACAUUUCGUCAUAAUCACUCUAACACAGUUCUACAAAAUUUUACAGCUUUCCAAUCGGCGCUGCUUGUCGGAUGGUGUGAGCAUUCGCGGUAGCCAACGCAAUCCAUGCAAAAUAAUUUGUGUGCUUCUACUAUCAUAGAUAGUAACGAAAAAUAAUAAGUAGGUACUUUUAUUUUUGAUCAGUGAGUGAUGAUAAUAUCCAUAUAUAUAUAUAGUCGAGUCCAUUUUUUCACCAUUGCAUAUGAAGUUGCAUAAUCCUGGCGAAAAAGUUUGUUUUGGUGUAUUUCCUUUUCUAACAAGGAAUUUAUUUACAGCGCGGUGCUCUAAUUUGCGAGAAUUUCCAGUUUCUGACAUGGUGUUGUUGAUUGUUCCAGGGAUUGAGUGUUAGCGAAUUAAAUAAAAAAAUAGGGUAUUAUUUAUACUUACAGGGAGUCACGGAACUAGUAUUAUCAGUAGUGAAACGAUGAGUCAUCGCUAAGUACCUUAGGUCGCAAACUUAUCAGCCGCCCCUCGUAUGUCUGAUAUUUUAGUUUUAUUAUUCUUCAAUACAUAUUGGAUAAUUGAAGAUUAUUAAAGGUAUGUUUGUAAAUUUUACUUCAAAUAAUAUCUAGGUAGUAACUGCUCGAAUUACACUUGAUUGUGUAUGAACCUAUGAAACCAUUUUAUAAAAGGCGAAAGGGCAUAGGUAGUUAAUUGUGAUUAUCAUUACUCUAUGUAAUGAACUAUAAAAUUAUGGGUCCUUAAAAAUGACGGCACUAAAAACUCUAUUAUUAAUAGGAGAUUGUGCCAAAGUCAUAAAAACCAACAACUUAGGAAAAAAAUGUGUAUAUAUAAUAUUUCAACAAAUCCAGAAGCACGUAACUGUUUUAUAUUAAGUUUUUUUGUAAAUAUAUUAUAUUCCCUUUGUAGAUAAACAAUAUGGACUUUGGCUAAAGGUUAGUCUAAGAUCAUUGCUUAGAACUAUAUUAGUUGUUAAAUGGAAGUACUAUUUGACUUUUGAGUGGCCAUGUAUAAAUAGUAGUUAAUUAAUCAAUAUACUUAAUAAUUGUAGAAGCUCUAGGCCUUAAGCGACUAAAAUGUAUCAAACCAAAAAUUUGAAGCGAAAGGCUUGAAAAUUUUAUGUGUUUUGAACACAUCUGUUUAUACCAAGUGAGAUCUUAAAGCAUAAUGAUUGUAAUAAAAUACUCAUAGAUUAGAUGACAUUGGUAAUAUAUGUCUGUAAUAGUUAUAAAACUACAGAUGACAUUGUAUAUUUUACAUCAAAAAGCCAUUAAUAUUUUGGACAUUUUCUUCUGUCCAUAUUUGAUCUGAUUAUGUAACUAAAUAUUCAUAUUAUGAAAUUAAAAAUUGAUGUUAAAAGUAUGGUAGUUUACAUCGUUUCUUGCAUUAAACCCCAUCACUAUUUCGGACAUUUCCUCCUGUCCAUAUCCGACUUAAUUAUACAAUUAAAUAUUGAUAUUAUAAAAUUAAAAAUUGGUGUUAAAAGUAUGGUUUGAGUCUAAAAUUGUUGGUCAAUUCUGAUAAGUCAAUUGUUUGAUGCGCAAUGAAUUUUUUUUUUAUACACAAAUACAUAUAUGAACCCACCGAUGCGUUGUGGGAUUAUAUAUUAAAGAACAUAAUAUACUAUAAUAAACAAAAUGUUCGCUUUAUCGAAUCGUGCAAUUUUAUAUAGUAGCUAAUAAGUAAAUCAGUAGUCGGUACAAGCAUAAUAUUUACGUAAAUAGGUCAACAAAUUGUAUAGAAAACUUACAUCGUAUGAAAAACGUAUGUUCGUUGCCAUUUUUUUUUUUUAAUUUUGUUAUUUAUUUUUCUAAUUAUAAAACUUGUUUUGUUUUAUUUCACUCUUUUUAAGCGUAUGCCAGUAAAACGUGAACUGUAUGUAGAGUUAGUUUAAGGUUCGUAAAUAUAAUAUCAUGUGUAUGUGAACUUUAAUGUUUGUCAUAUUAAGUAGUGUGUACCUAUUAUUCUUAAUAAAUGUGUAAGGGUUUAGACAGUGACGUUAAAUUAUUUAUUUUUAUGUUGAAUUCCUGUAAAUAUGCGAUAUUUUGAUGUAAAAGUUAGCAAUUGUGGUUAUUUUAUUUAAUGAAGGGACACUUAGUAAUUGUCUUCUUAAAUAUUAUAGAUCUCCAUUAUAAUUUUUUUAUUUAUUCAAGGCGAUUCAAUUCGACGAUGGAUCGCAUAAAAUUACAAGUUUACAUUGGGUUAGUUAUUGACACUGCUCGAAACGAGUUCUUAAUUGCCAUUGUAUGAAAUUAAGUGUGAAGUACUAUCGCGUCAGUAGAUUCAAAUAAUUUUGAAUUAAGAAAUAUCAACUCCUGCUGACAAUUCCACGUAAACAGUACGACACAGUAGCGCCAUUACUGACUCCAGUAACUGACCCAAUAUAAAGCUACCUAUCCACACCUUGCCAUAUAGUAUGUUCUUAUUAUCUACAUCACUUAGAAAACAAUUACUUAUUGAAAAUGUACUUAAUGGUUACAAAUUGUUAUUUUUUAUGAUGUUUACUAUUUUUGUGAACGGAUCUGAACUGUUAAUUCUCCACUUGUACUACCAGUAUGAUUUAGCAUUCGAAAAUUAUUCAAAUGUAUAAGUAGAUAGAGUUUAGGUUUUAUUACCUAGUGUAAACCAGGACACAUUAUUUAAAAAUUGUGCCAAAACCCAAAAGUAAUUAAAAAAUAAACAUUAAAAAUAUA